AUGAGUGAUAAAUUAACAAGAAUUGCAAUUGUCAGUUCCGACAAAUGCAAGCCAAAAAAAUGUAGACAAGAGUGUAAAAAAUCUUGUCCCGUAGUCAGAAUGGGAAAACUUUGCAUCGAGGUGAAUCCGGACAGCAAAGUCGCCUUUAUUUCUGAAGAGUUAUGUAUUGGUUGUGGUAUCUGCAUAAAGAAGUGCCCAUUUUCUGCGAUAACGAUUAUCAAUCUUCCUACUAAUCUCGAGAAGGAAGUUACCCACCGAUAUUCAGCCAACUCCUUUAAACUUCAUCGUUUACCCGUUCCUAGGCCAGGUCAGGUUCUUGGGUUAGUUGGUACUAAUGGUAUUGGAAAAAGCACGGCACUUAAGAUUCUGGCAGGAAAGCUGAAACCUAAUUUGGGAAGAUUCGAGGAACCGCCACCGGAUUGGCAAGAUAUUUUGAAGUACUUUCGCGGUUCUGAACUGCAAAACUACUUCACCAAAAUCUUGGAAGACAAUUUAAAGGCCGUUAUCAAACCCCAAUACGUAGAUCAUAUACCCAAAAGUUACAAAGGCUCGGUUACAGAUCUGAUCGAUAGGAAAUUGGAACGAAAUAACAAAGCUGAAAUGAUCAAAGCUUUGGAUCUGCAAGACGUCUUAUCUCGCCAAGUUGGUGAAUUGUCUGGUGGAGAAUUACAACGUUUUGCCAUCGCUGCCGUGUGUGUUCAAAAUUCAGACAUUUAUAUGUUUGAUGAACCAUCAUCGUAUUUGGAUGUCAAGCAACGUUUAAAUGCUGCCAAAACAAUAAGAUCUUUAUUAAAACCAGAUUGCUAUGUAAUCGUCGUUGAACAUGACUUGUCGGUUUUGGAUUAUCUUUCUGACUUCAUCUGCGUACUUUAUGGAAUGCCAUCUGUAUACGGUGUUGUUACAAUGCCUUUCUCUGUACGUGAAGGUAUUAAUAUUUUUUUGGAUGGGAAAGUGCCGACAGAAAAUUUGAGGUUCAGGGAUGAAUCCCUAACAUUUAGACUAGCUGAAACAGCUGAAGAUGAGAAAGAAGUUGAAAAACACAGAAGAUAUAGAUAUCCCGCGAUGACCAAGACCUUAGGUGAUUUUAAGCUGAGUAUUGAUGCCGGAGAUUUUACAGAUUCGGAAAUCAUUGUAAUGCUUGGAGAGAACGGAACAGGAAAGACUACAUUUAUCAAAUUAUUAGCUGGCGGAAUGAAAGCAGAUGGGGAUCAACAAGUUCCUGAAUUGAAAGUUAGCUACAAACCACAAAAAAUUUCACCAAAGUCCACGGGCACUGUUCGCAUGCUCUUUAUUAAGAAGAUUAAAGCCAUGUUCAUGCAUCCACAAUUCCAAACCGAUGUCGUUAAACCAUUGCAAAUCGAUAACAUUAUUGACCAAGAGGUUUCGAACCUGUCUGGUGGUGAACUUCAACGUGUUGCAAUUGUACUUGCAUUAGGUCAGCCAGCUGAUGUUUAUUUAAUUGAUGAGCCGUCAGCCUAUCUGGAUUCCGAGCAACGUAUUGUUGCAGCAAAAGUUAUUAAAAGAUUCAUUCUUCAUAACAAGAAGACUGCAUUCAUUGUAGAGCACGAUUUUAUCAUGGCCACAUAUCUUGCUGAUCGGGUUGUUGUAUAUGAAGGAACUCCAUCUGUGGAAGCUUUGGCCAAUGCGCCGCAAUCUUUAUUAUCGGGAAUGAAUAAAUUCCUAUCGUCACUUGAGAUCACAUUCAGACGUGAUCCGACAAACUUUAGACCUAGAAUAAAUAAACUCGAUUCUCUUAAGGAUAAAGAACAAAAAUCAAGUGGAAAUUACUUCUUUUUGGAAACCGAGGCUUAA